UCGAUGCAGAAUGUUAACCAUGUUGAUGGCUCAACCAAUAUUAAAUAGUCACGACAACUAUACUAUAGAUCAUAUCCAAUUAACAUUCCAUUUUUUUUUUCAGCGUGCCAAAAGAUGGAGAUCUUGAGAAAUUUCCCUGUUUUCUGCUUAAUCCUUGCUUUGGUAAUUGUUGGUGUUCGAGGUGAAGAAGAGCUGAAAAAUGUCACUGCUCAUGACGGUCAAGGCAAUGUUACUUUGGUAACUCUCUCUCAUAAGAAUGAAGAAACAAAAGGAAAACUUAAUGACAGUUCUUCCAAUGGAGUUUUGUUCAACACAAGCAAAGGUGAUUGGUAUUCUAAAGGAGGAGGAGGAGGAGGAGGGGGAAGCUUUAGAUGGGGAUGGGGUGGUGGUGGAGGAGGAGGGGGUGGUGGUGGUAGAGGUGGAGGUGGCGGUGGAUGGGGAUGGGGAGGAGGAGGGGGUGGUGGGUGGAAAUGGGGGUGUAGAGGAGAACCAAGACAUGGUGUGAAAAGGAAGCAUAGAGUGAGGGGAAUGAAGCACCAUCAUCAUUCAUCUAAGGAGGAGUAUAGGAUUGGGGAAUUUGCACAAUGCAUGGCAAGAACAAGGUGCAUUGGCAUGAGAUUGGAUUGUCCUCUUCACUGUGGUGGUCCUUGUUUCUAUGACUGCUUCCAUAUGUGCAAAGCUCAUUGUCGCCGGCCAACCCUGAAAUGAAUCGAUAAGCUAGCCAAGUGUGUUUGAAUUUCCGUUACAUUCACUUAUAAACAUUUUUAUUCUAAUUCUUGUGAGUCAUGAAUUUCUCUUAAUAUCGCUUUUAAGCCUUAUUAACAAAAAUUCAAACACACAAAAAAUUAGUAACGGAGACAAGUAUGUUGAUAAUGGUUAUUGGAAGAGUGGUUUUUGUACUUCUAAAUUCUGAUUGCUAAGCUGUUAUUUCUAUCCUAUUUUUAUGUUUCUUUUUUCCAUUUUACUUCAUCAGUCUUGUAUUGUUGAAAAUGAAUGAAC